AUGUCCUUGGUGAAUAAGAUUAGGGAGACUUCAAAAGCACGUUCAGCUCAUAUGAAGAAAGAGGGAAUAACUAAGGAGAAGCAGUUAGGAUGGAGAAUCGAUUUCACACCAAUAAUCUUUGAUUACUUUGUGCUUUCAUGCAGCGACACUCUGAAGGAAUCCCUGUUUGAGAAACUCUGUCAGCUUCAGUGUCACUUCACGUGGAUUCCACAGAAGGACAACACUGACUUCAGUGAUAUGAAGCUUAGAUUACAAGAUUCUGUAAAACUUGGUGUCAAAUAUCAAGCCAUAUCCUACAACCAACUUGCUUUUGUAAACUGUCAGCAAGGCAAUUGUGAAGAAGCAAUUCAAAAUUUAAAGGAAGCUGAAAAAAUUCUGAGGGAGAACCACAAAGAUGAAUUUGAAAGAAGAAGCAUCAUCACCUAUGGAAACUUUGCCUGGGUGAAUUACCACAUGGGACAACUGACCGAGGCCCAGUCCUACCUCGACAAGCUGGAGGUGAUCUGUAAACCGCUCAGUGAUGGCCCUCACUAUACAGCAAUGAUCCCUGAAGUGUACGGGGAAAAGGGAUGGUCAUUGUUGAGUUCUGCUGCUGAAUACUAUGAGGAGGCAAAGGAAUGCUUUGCAAAGGCUUUGAAGGAAGAUUCUGAUAACAUGGAGUGGAAUAUUGGCUAUGCGACUGCUCUUUAUCGUCUGGAAAUGAUUUCUGGUGUUUCAGAGAAACAGGAGCAGAGUCAGUGUGUGAGGUAUCUGCGACGGGUGCUGGAGCUUGAUCCAGAUGACACAGUGGCCAUGGUUAUGUUGGCCCUAAAGCUGCAAGAGUUCAAUGAAGCAGAGAAAGCAAAUGAAUUAGUUGAAGAAGCAUUGAGGAAGACCCCAGAUCUGACGUAUGUGCUUCGCUAUGCAGCAAAGUUUUACAGAAUAGGAGGAGAUGUCGAUAUCGCAAUAGGCCUGUUGAAGAGAGCUUUAGAAUUUACUCCAUGCUCAUCCUUCUUACACCACCAAAUCGGUAUCUGUUACAGUGGAAAACUGUUCACUCUGAAAAAGAAAGCAGGCAGCAACUAUCUUGACAGAGCUACAUUUCAACAGAAAGCUGAGUUGAUCAGUAAGAGCAAAUAUCACUUUGAAAAGGCACUUGAACUCAAACCAUUGUUUAUUUUUGCAAAACUGGAUUUUGCAGGAAUCUGCUUAGAAAAUGGAGAAGUAACCCGAGCAGAGGAGAUCUACAACAGUCUGCUGAGCUUGGAAGAUCUUGCUCUGGAUCAUAAGCAGGCACUCGCUUUACAAGUUGGAUUAUUUGAACUGCACCAUAAAAGAUCUGAAUCAAACGCCAUCAUCUAUUUUCUGGACGGACUUAAAAUCCAUCAUGGAAGUAAACAAUGGAAGCUCUGUGACAGUAACUUGAGAAAGAUCUUAGGAAAACAAAUUCAGAGGAAUCCAAGAAACAGCAAAGCCUUUGGAAUUCUUGGGAUGGUGCACCAGCUGGCUGGGGAGAAGAAUGAGGCUGUUAAAUGCUUUGAAAAGGCCUUGAAAUUUGAUCCUGGCAAUGAAGAAUAUCUCAAUGCUCUUUCUGAAUUAAGCCUUUCUACUUAG